AUGAGACAGGCAACUUUUUCAAACCCUAAUGAUGCUUCAGACUAUUUAGCAAAUUAUAUUAUACAAAAAAUUAAUUCAUUCGAACCAACUUCAUCAAAACCAUUUGUUUUAGGUUUACCAACAGGUUCAUCGCCAGAAGGUAUAUAUGGUAAAUUAAUUGAAGCUAAUAAACUAGGUUUAGUAAGUUUCAAAAAUGUUGUUACUUUUAAUAUGGAUGAAUAUUUAGGCUUAAAACCAUCAGAUCCGCAAUCUUAUCAUUAUUUUAUGUAUGAUAAAUUUUUUAAUCAUGUUGAUAUACCUAGAAAAAAUAUUAAUAUUUUAAACGGUUUAACAAAUGAUAUCGAAAAAGAAUGUGCUGAGUAUGAAAAUAAAAUUAAGAAAUAUGGUAAAAUUAAUUUAUUUUUAGGUGGAUUAGGUCCAGAAGGUCAUUUAGCAUUUAAUGAAGCUGGUUCAACAAGAGAUUCAAAAACUAGAAAAGUUGAUUUAGUUGAAAGUACUAUAAAAGCAAAUUCAAGAUUUUUUGAAAAUGAUGAAAAUAAAGUUCCAAAACAUGCUUUAAGUGUUGGUAUUUCUACAAUUUUAGAUAAUUCACAAGAAAUUGCAAUUAUUGUAUUGGGUGGUAAUAAACAUUUUGCAUUGGAUAAAACUAUAAAUGGUCAAGCAAAUGAUCCAAAUUAUCCAUCAAGUUAUUUACAAGAUCAUGAUAAUGUUUUAAUAGUAUGUGAUAAUGCUGCAGCUGGCAUAAAAUCAAAAUUAUAG